AUGGUGAGCUUUGCAGUGAAUCCCUUUUCCUUAAGUGACACCAGUUUUGAGAUCAGUGGAACCGUGGGAGGCCUAAGUCUUACCAGCGUUGAUGGAUUGGUCAUACCAGUUAAUGACCUUACUGAAAACAUUGAGAUAAUUCUGCCAAGAUUUUCAGCACCUCAGGAAAACAGGAGCCUGUUGAAUCUGGGCAAUUUUAGUGCUCUCCAAGUCAAUGUCACCUCAGAAAAUACAUCUCUAGUGAUCCACCUGGAAACUGAACAGGAUAUUCCACUAAUACUGUACUUGGGAUAUGGCUACCAUCCAAAUGAGACUAACUAUGAUAUGAAAGCUCAUCUGCCCCUUAAGAAAAACACUGGAGAUAAAUCAAACACAUGGGUUCUUAGCCCAGAAGAACUCAUUUUCGGAGGGGGGACUUACUAUCUCAUGAUGGAACAAGACAUGGAAAUGGAUUCUACAACCAACAGUGAUCUAACCAUAGCUGUCACUUCCUUUGUAUCCCAGUGUGUGUUCUGGGAUGAGCUACAGGGCAACUGGAAUAGCUACGGGUGCUAUGUAGGUCCAAAAACAACCCCCAGCAGCACCCAGUGUCUCUGCAACCACCUGACCUUCUUUGGGAGCACCUUCUUUGUCACGCCCAACACCAUUGAUGUCAGCAAAACAGUGGAGCUUUUUGGCACAUUUGUGGACAACCCCGUGGUAGUGACAACUGUGGGCUGUAUCUUUCUUGUGUAUGUGCUGGUGGCUAUUUGGGCUAGAAGGAAAGACAUUCAGGAUGAUGCCAAAGUGAAGAUCACAGUGUUGGAGGAUAAUGACCCCUUUGCUCAGUAUCGUUAUCUUGUGACAGUUUUUACAGGGCAUCGUCGAGGGGCAGCCACAACCUCCAAGGUGACUCUCACCCUUUACGGCCUCGAAGGAGAGAGUGAACCCCACCACCUGACUGACCCUGAGACACUAGUCUUUGAGCGUGGAGGAGUGGAUGUUUUCCUGCUCUGUACCCUGUUUCCUCUUGGGGAACUGCAGCGUAUCCGACUGUGGCAUGAUAAUUCAGGAGACAGCCCAUCCUGGUAUGUGAAUCGUGUGCUGGUCCAUGACCUGGCUCAGGAUCAGAAAUGGUAUUUCCUCUGUAACUCUUGGCUGGCCAUUGAUGUUGGAGAGUGUGUCCUAGACAAAGUGUUCCCAGUCGCUACUGAGCAGGACAUGAAGCAGUUCAG